AUGACAAUUGAGGCUCCGAGAUUGUGUAAACUAGAGGCUCCCAGAUUGUGUAAACUAGAGGCUCCGAGAUUGUGUAAACUAGAGGCUCCCAGAUUGUGUAAACUAGAGGCUCCGAGAUUGUGUAAACUAGAGGCUCCCAGAUUGUGUAAACUAGAGGCUCCGAGAUUGUGUAAACUAGAGGCUCCCAGAUUGUGUAAACUAGAGGCUCCGAGAUUGUGUAAACUAGAGGCUCCCAGAUUGUGUAAACUAGAGGCUCCGAGAUUGUGUAAACUAGAGGCUCCGAGAUUGUGUAAACUAGAGGCUCCGAGAUUGUGUAAACUAGAGGCUCCGAGAUUGUGUAAACUAGAGGCUCCCAGAUUGUGUAAACUAGAGGCUCCGAGAUUGUGUAAACUAGAGGCUCCGAGAUUGUGUAGACUAGAGGCUCCCAGAUUGUGUAAACUAGAGGCUCCGAGAUUGUGUAAACUAGAGGCUCCGAGAUUGUGUAAACUAGAGGCUCCGAGAUUGUGUAAACUAGAGGCUCCCAGAUUGUGUAAACUAGAGGCUCCGAGAUUGUGUAAACUAGAGGCUCCGAGAUUGUGUAAACUAGAGGCUCCGAGAUUGUGUAAACUAGAGGCUCCGAGAUUGUGUAAACUAGAGGCUCUGAGAUUGUGUAAACUAGAGGCUCCGAGAUUGUGUAAACUAGAGGCUCCGAGAUUGUGUAAACUAGAGGCUCCCAGAUUGUGUAAACUAGAGGCUCCGAGAUUGUGUAAACUAGAGGCUCCGAGAUUGUGUAAACUAGAGGCUCCGAGAUUGUGUAAACUAGAGGCUCCGAGAUUGUGUAGACUAGAGGCUCCGAGAUUGUGUAAACUAGAGGCUCCGAGAUUGUGUAAACUAGAGGCUCCGAGAUUGUGUAAACUAGAGGCUCCGAGAUUGUGUAAACUAGAGGCUCCGAGAUUGUGUAAACUAGAGGCUCCGAGAUUGUGUAAACUAGAGGCUCCGAGAUUGUGUAAACUAGAGGCUCCGAGAUUGUGUAAACUAGAGGCUCCGAGAUUGUGUAGACUAGAGGCUCCGAGAUUGUGUAAACUAGAGGCUCCGAGAUUGUGUAAACUAGAGGCUCCGAGAUUGUGUAAACUAGAGGCUCCGAGAUUGUGUAAACUAGAGGCUCCGAGAUUAAUUGUGUGUAAACAGGAGGCUCCCAGACUGUGUAAACAAGAGGCUCCCUCGUGA